ACCCAAAUCUCACCUUCACCAUUGGUCAGAAAUUCGCGCGAAACAUACGUCACCAAGCCCAGUUUCGCGCGAAUUGAGUGUCUCUGAAGAGGAAGGCAGUGCUUAUGAUGUCGUCCCCAUCGUCAACCCCGAGCAACGGCAAACGUGGGAGGGGAAGCAACCCACCUACCCCGCUAGGUGAUGGGGUCUCAUCCCCUCCGUCGCAGCGGCGCAGGACGGACGACACCUCCGCUCCGGAGCUGCAGCCCAUGCCCACGUCCCCCCCCACAGACAUGCGCAGCCCCGCGGCCCAGGACACGUCUCUGUUCUCCAGCCCCCUGCGCUCCCGCCCCUCAGCACCCCCGAGUGAGAUGGACAUGAGCUCCCCGCUGAUGUAUGGCACCCCCAGCUCCAGGAUGGAGGGAACCCCUCGCAGCGGAGUGCGUGGCACCCCCGCCAGGCAGCGCGCUGAUCUGGGGUCAGUCCAGAAGGCUCGCCAGGUGGACCUGCACUCAGAGCCGCCUGCAGGGGGAGAUGUGGGGGGCGAGCAGCCAGCAGGACAGAAGCUGGUUAUCUGGGGCACUGAUGUCAAUGUGGGGACCUGCAAGGAGAAGUUUCAGAGAUUCCUUCAGCGCUUCACUGAUCCUGGCUCCAGGGAGGAUGAAAACGCAGGGCUCGAUCUGAACGAGCCUCUCUACAUGCAGAAACUAGAGGAGAUCAAUGUCGUUGGGGAACCUGUGCUGAAUGUGAACUGUGGGGACCUGCAGGCCUUUGAUGGCGACCUGUACAGGCAGCUGGUCUCUUAUCCUCAGGAAGUUAUUCCCACUUUUGACAUGGCUGUCAACGAGCUGUUCUUUGAGCGGUUCCCAGACUCCAUCUUGGAGCACCAGAUCCAGGUGCGCCCCUACAAUGCUCUGAAGACCAGAAGCAUGAGGGGCCUCAAUCCUGAGGACAUCGAUCAGCUGAUCACGAUCAGUGGCAUGGUCAUCCGUACCUCGCAGCUGAUCCCUGAGAUGCAGGAGGCCUUCUUCAGAUGCCAGGUGUGCGCCUUCAGCGUGCGCGUGGAGGUGGACCGAGGUCGCAUCGCAGAGCCGGCCGUCUGCCGCAGCUGCAACACCACCCACAGCCUGGCCCUCAUCCACAACCGCUCCGCUUUCUCCGACAAGCAGAUGAUUAAACUGCAGGAAUCUCCUGAGGACAUGCCUGCAGGACAGACCCCUCACACCUCUGUGGUCUACGCUCACAAUGACCUGGUGGACAAGGUGCAGCCUGGUGACCGAAUCAACAUAACUGGUAUUUAUAGAGCAGUUCCCAUGCGUGUGAACCCCCGCCAAAGCAAUGUGAAGUCCGUGUACAAGACCCACAUAGACGCCAUCCACUUCCGCAAGACCGACCAGAAGAGGCUGCACGGCCUGGACCAGGAUCUGGAGCAGAAGCUUUUCACAGAGGAACGUGUCCAGGUGCUGAGAGAGCUCGCAGCCAAGCCUGACGUCUACGACCGCCUGUCUUCUGCCCUGGCGCCCAGCAUCUAUGAGCAUGAAGACAUCAAGAAGGGAAUAUUGCUGCAGUUGUUCGGAGGCACUCGGAAGGACUUCAGCCAGACCGGGAGAGGAAACUUUCGUGCCGAGGUCAACAUCCUUCUGUGCGGAGAUCCCGGCACUAGUAAGUCCCAGCUGCUGCAGUACGUCAACAACCUUGUGCCCCGUGGUCAGUACACGUCGGGCAAGGGCUCCAGCGCUGUGGGCCUGACCGCUUACGUGAUGAAAGACCCCGAGACCCGGCAGCUGGUCCUACAGACCGGCGCCCUCGUGCUCAGCGACAACGGUAUCUGCUGCAUCGAUGAGUUCGACAAGAUGAGCGAUGCCACACGCUCGGUGCUGCACGAGGUCAUGGAGCAGCAGACUCUGUCUAUCGCCAAGGCAGGAAUUAUUUGCCAGCUGAAUGCUCGCACCUCGGUCCUAGCUGCUGCUAACCCAGUGGAGUCUCAGUGGAACCCGAAGAAGACCACUAUUGAAAAUAUUCAGCUUCCACACACUUUGCUGUCCAGAUUUGAUCUCAUCUUCCUGAUGCUUGAUCCUCAAGAUGAAGCCUACGACCGACGUCUCGCUCACCAUUUGGUAGCCCUGUAUCACCAAAGUGAGGAACAAAUCGAGGAAGAGUUUCUGGACAUGGCCGUGCUGAAGGACUACAUUGCUUACGCUCGCACUUACAUUAACCCCAGAUUAAGCGAAGAAGCAGGUCAGGCACUUAUUGAGGCCUAUGUGGACAUGCGUAAAAUUGGAAGUGGAAGGGGCAUGGUGUCUGCCUACCCUCGGCAGCUGGAGUCUCUCAUUAGGCUGGCAGAGGCCCAUGCCAAGGUGCGCUUCUCUGACCGAGUGGAGACCAUCGAUGUGGAGGAGGCCAAGCGGCUCCAUCGUGAAGCACUGAAACAGUCUGCCACUGAUCCCAGGACUGGAUUUGUGGACAUAUCCAUUCUGACAACAGGAAUGAGUGCCACAGCCCGAAAGCGCAAGGAGGAUAUUGCCCAGGCUCUGAAGAAGCUGAUCCAGACAAAGGGCAGGACUCCAGCCAUGAAAUACCAGCAGUUGUUUGAUGAUCUCCGUGGACAGUCUGAGAUUGCAAUCACAAAGGACAUGUUUGAAGAGGCUCUUCGAGCGCUGUCUGAUGAUGACUUCUUAACGGUCACAGGGAAGACUGUACGCUUGCUUUAAAUAUGUUGAUCUGUGGGAACUGGUUCCAGUUGUUGAUUUAACUCUGUUUUGCUUUCUUGUUACCUUUCUCAUUGACACUUAAAGGAUAUUUUGAAAAUGUUAAUGAAAUGCAGUACAUGAACAUUUUUUGUGUCCUUGGAUUGUUUAAAACUGUAGCUUGUAAUAAACACAUCUUCUAUGGUG